GACCACGAGACGAGUGCGACUUUAGACCUAUCAAACCAGAUUCCAAGUUUUGUGUGUGCGUGGAGGUUCGAUCUUCAACAUGAACAUCCCAAACGAAUAUGUUUCUACUGCGGAAGAUACGGCAGACCAAAUGUUGCCGUUUUUGGUGAUUUAAUUUCGUUAAUCUCUACAGCUUGACACAAGCGAAAAUUUGGAAGUUAUAUAAUGCAGUGGGAAAAUAUCAGGAUCGGAAAUGGCUGACAAGCUGUUAUCAGAAAAUUGAAACACAUACUUCCAACAGUAGCACGUGUAUGUUUAAUAUCCACAUUUCUCGAAGAUGGACUACGAAUGUGGUUUCAAUGGUCAGAGCAGCGUGAAUAUAUGAACAUGCAAUGGGGAUGUGGACAGAUUAUAGCAACAUUGUUUGUUGUUGUCAACUUAUUGGGUCAAUUGGGCGGUUGUGUUAUGGUCAUUAUACAAUAUAAAGUCGCAAUUGCGUGCGGAGUUUUAUUUUUCAUAGUAUUUUUACAGACAAUAGCAUACAGUAUUUUGUGGGAUGCACAAUUUUUGUUACGCAAUUUGGCUCUUAUAGGUGCACUAUUAUUAGUUUUAGCUGAAAGUAGAGGAGAAGCUAAAAGUUUAUUUGCUGGUGUACCAAGUCUUGGUGAAAAUAAACCUAAAAAUUACUUACAACUCACGGGACGUAUAUUAUUAGCGUUUAUGUUCAUUACUCUUAUCAGGUUCGAAUUAUCAUUUGUGCAGAUUGUGCUUGAUAUUUUGGGAUCAGCACUUAUGGUUCUUGUAACAAUUGGGUAUAAAACGAAAUUGUCUGCCCUUAUUUUGGUACUUUUGUUAACGACACUUAAUUUCUACCACAAUUCAUGGUGGAGAUACCCAUCCCACGCACCGGUUAGAGAUUUCCUGAAAUACGACUUCUUCCAGACUUUAUCAGUGGUAGGGGGGCUUUUAAUGAUCGUGUAUCUUGGACCAGGUGGUGUAUCUAUGGACGAACAUAAAAAGAAGUGGUAAUAGGUUGUGGUAUCGUACUUGAUUAUAGUGCAAACACGUAUAGACAAAUAAAUAUUUGACUGUCAAUUCUU